UCAGAGUGUUUUCAUAUUGGUCAGACUAUCAUGCUGUAUCAUGAGCUUUAUGAACAUGCAUCUGUUUAGAAAACAAAUGUGAACAUAGUUAUAGAAGUGUUAUAAAUCAGUUUCUUUAUACGCUAGAAAGGAAUUAAGAAGAAUAACUGGAUUGUAGUAAUCGUCGUUAUCUGUCUAGGUUUUAGCAAUGCCUGCUUUUCGCCAGGUUGGGGAAAAACAGCUCCCAAAUCCUAUUCUGUACAUGGCCUGGUCUCCGAAGAGAGAUCUGAUUGCCCUGGCUAACACUGCAGGAGAGCUUCUCCUGCAUCGCCUUGCCAACUUCCAGCGUGUGUGGAGUUUACCACCCAAUGAGAGCACAGGAAAAGAGAUCACGUCACUGGCCUGGAGACCUGAUGGGAAAAUCCUUGCAUUCAGUGUGGGAGACACGAAACAGGUGGUGUUGUGUGAUGCAGAAAAGGCAGAGAUCCUCCACUUGUUCCCAGUGAAAUACCCUGUGUCCUGCAUGCACUGGAUGGAGGUGCAAGACGAUAGUAGCAUGUUGUCCUCAUUCAGCGAGUCAGAGGAUGAGUCCAGCCGUUUCCUUCCAAAGUUACCAACUCUUCCCAAAAACUACAGCACCACAUCAAAGAUAUUUAGUGAAGAGAAAUCAGAUGGAGUCACAAACCUUUUGGGGGACGUGAGGCUCAAUAUUCUUGUGGUGGGCGGGCCCUCUGGUUUUGUAGAGCUGUAUGCGUAUGGCCUAUAUAAGAUUGCCACGCUGAGUGGGAUUUCAGGGACCUGCCGUAGUCUCGGACUGUCCAGUGACCUCAAGUCCCUCUCGGUUAUUACAGAGAUUAGAUCCACAGAAGACAAUCCUGAGAUUCAUUACAUACAGCUGGACACUGGGCUGCUUUCUUCAUGUCUGCCUGAGUUGACCAAGAUGGCACGCAAGUUUACACACAUUUCAACAUUGCUACAGUACCUGCGUCUCUCACUCACCUGUAUGUGUGAAGCAUGGGAGGAGAUUCUUAUGCAGAUGGACCUCCGCCUCACUAAGUUUGUCCAGGAGAAGAACACGAGCACUCAGGUUCAGGAUGAGUUUCUGGAGCUACUGCUGUGGGGUCAUGCAAGCCCUGAACUUCAGGCUCUUCUCAUGAAUCAACUCACAGUCAAGGGUUUGAAGAUGUUGGGCCAGUCCAUUGAUUCUUCCUACUCCAGUAUCCAGAAACUUGUUAUCAGUCACUUGCAGAGUGGCUCAGAGGCUCUGCUGUAUCAUCUGAGUGAGGUCAAAGGAAUGGCACUCUGGAAGCAGAAGUUUCAACCUCUCGGCCUGGAUCCUGCAGCCAUCGAGGAUGCUAUUGUAGCAGUGGGCUCUUUUACCCUGAAGUCCAGUGAACUUUUACAAGUCAUUGAUAAGAGUAUGAAGAACUUCAAAGCUUUUUUCCGUUGGCUGUAUGUUGCAAUGCUUCGAAUGUCUGAAGAUCAUGUUCCUCCUGAGCUUAACAAGAUGACUCAGAAGGAUCUGGCUUUUGUGGCUGACUUUCUGUCUGAGCAUUUCAGUGCUAACGAGGAGCUGUUUGAUCGGAAAGGGAAGUAUUUUAAUGUUGAGCGCGUCGGACAGUACUUGAAGGAUGAAGAUGAAGACUUGGUGUCUCCCCCCAACAUGGAGGGCAACCAAUGGGUGAUGUUUGUUAAGCAGAGCACUCACAUGAAAGACAGUCCACUGCUCUUCCCCACGUACCCACAGAAGUCUCUGCAUUUUGUCAAAAGAAUGAUGGAAGGCUCCAUUGAUCUGUGCUUACAGAAACCAGCCGAGGUCAUUGGGCAUUCAGUAAAACAAGCUAUGUGUUUAAAAUUGUACACCGUGCCUGAGAGCUCUGAAAAUACACCAAGGCUAUUUGAGCUUCCAUCACUGUGGAAUGAUAAGAAGGCUGGUAUGCAUUACGUAGUAUUCUGCAUGCCAGAAAUCUCUCCAUCUAAAAUGUAUAUACUAAGGAGAGCAACAGACCCCAACAGGUCUAUACCUAAUGGUCUGGUGGCCCUUAACAUCAACACUCCUCUCAAUUCUAGUAUAUCUAGUAUAGAUGAUGAAGCACCAACAUCAAAUUCUAUUGACUCAAUGUACAGUUGCCUUGAUGCCCGUUUCUAUGAUGACGAGACUUUGACCGUGAUAUUGCGAAGUCUGGAAGACGAUGAGAAUAAGAUGCGUGUCCUCAUUCAGCUUCCUCUAAACUCUGCUUUAAGCUGGGAGGAGGAGUUCAUCUGGGACCUUACGCUCAGACUCGAGCAGCAGACAGAAGGGAUCCCUGUCCAGGGUCUGACCUGGGGAAACCAGAGCAGAGAGUUGGAGAACAUUAAAGCUCAGUUUGUGGCUGUUAAUGGGAUCCGCAAAGUGGCCUGUGUGCUGAGUGCCAAUCUGAGGCAUGUCCGUGUGUUUGAAAUGGAUGCAGAGGAGGAAGAGGAGGAGGAAGAGCGUGCAGAUGAGUCACAGGAAAUGAGCUCAGACCAGGACAGACUUGAGGAUACAUUGACCAAUCAGAGUGAUGUUGGAGGAGGAGGAGAUGGAGGGGGCGGGGCUGAGGAUGCUCAGGUGACAGAGCAAGGGUCAGGAAGCAUUCUGGACAACACUGCAGGGUCAGAUACUCAUUGAGCAUUCACCAUAUCUGGCACCUGAACUAUGGACUCUUCUACAAACUCAGAAUCACUCCAUGAUUACCAGUUUUUGUCAAGUACUUUAUGUACUAAAAAUAAAAAUAUUUUGUGAUAAAGAAAACUGAUGAACAUUUCACAUUCGCAUUUAUAAAUAAAUUGAUUUGCUGUUUAAUAUUAAGAUUAUUAAAUAAGUUGGGUUUUACUGUAUAUGUCUUUCAAGGGCCAGGGGUCCGUAAAGGUACUGCAGAGGGUCUGUGGGGAAGAUCCUGUAUAUAAAACAUUUAAAAAAUAUAUAUAUAUUUAUAUUUCAAAUAGUUGACAUUGUGAAUUUGUUAGACAGAAUUUUGUAGAUGAACAUUAACAUUAUUAAAUAAUUUAUAUAAUGCUUAAAAUAGAUAAUUUGAUAUUCUUAAUUAAAUGUAUUAUAAAGUGUUUUAUUUUUUUGCAAAAUAACUUCUUUUGUUUUUAGGGGGGUUCCCUUGUGCUGGCUGAGAGUCUGGAUGGGGGUUAGAGCCAGCAAAGUUUAGGGCAAUUGGGCGACAACAAAUUUUUUCUAUAUUGCUCACCUAGAAAUGAGGUGAAAAAUUACAAGUUCAGUCCUAGGGAGUAGGAGAGAGUUAACAAUUUCAGGUUCUAAUCCGGUCUAAGUCCAGAUUUAUCCCCGGUGCAGGAACAUAAAUCCUAAAGUGCUUCCAGUAGCCUCUGUGGAUGAUGCCAUUCAUUCUGCGAGUGAAGAAAUAUGGUAUCUGUCCAAAUAUGGCCUAAAAUAAGACGUUAAACGUGAUGCUCAUUUUGUCUGUAUCUAUUCAUUUAUUCAAAAAUACAUAAAAAAUACAAAACAAUGACUUGAAUACACCUCUACAAUUAUGAUCAUGUAUUAAAUCCAAAAAUAGGGUUAAAUUAAAACAUUUGUUAGUGGUGUAACCAUCUGUUGUCAUGUGACAAAUAACAAAACAAAAACAUUCUAUAAACAUCCAGGUCAAAAGUAACUCUAUGGGAAAAAAAAUUAUAUUUGUGUUUUUUUAAGUUUUGCAAUUUGUGAUUAACACAAAUGGCGAGGGGCAAGUUAAUAAUUGUAAUAUCUUUUACUAGAUGGUUACACCACUUGACAUACAUUUUUUUAUUUUUAUUAUUUGUAGAAAAAUGCUAAAAAUAUAUAUAUAUUUUAAAUGAUGAAACCAACAUAGACACAAAGAUUUUGACAAAUUUGACACGUCUUAACCCUUGAAUGCGUAUGUAACUUCACACCCCUUAAAUGCAUAUGUGGGUAAAAAAACACCCAGUUGAAAUAUACAGUACAAGUACAAUGAAUGGACUAGGAUAAAAUGUUUUUUGUUU